AUGGAAAAAUUAAGCAAAAUGUGGAAAUAUGAUUUAGAAAUUGAUACUACUAAUACCAAUUCUUUUGCCAACGCUAGAAAAAUUUUGCGAGAGUUAGAAGGAAACGUUGUUAUACAUGCAGAAAACUCUAAUUAUGCGGCUUUGCUUCCCGAGUUUCUCCAAAAAUUUAUUACUAAAUUGAGCAAAGAAGAAUUAAAAACCAAAGGUUCUAAUUAUGUGGAAAGCAAGUUGUUAAAUAAAUUUCACCGCUUAACUUUUGAAGAAAAGGCCAGCCGUGGUAAAGAAUUAAGUGUGUUAGUUGAAGUAGAUGCCCAGACUAUAGCCAUUGCUAAUAAUGAAAAGAAAUAUAAAGAAAAACGGACAGAAUAUUCUUUACUGAUUAAUAAAGAAAUUGAAAAAGGUAAUUUAAUUGAGGGAAUGGGGCUAAAUUCUCAUUAUGAAAAGCAGGAAAACUAUUUGCGGAAGAAAAAUGAGAAACUAAAACUUUCCUCUAAUAAGUUUCUUUCGCUGGGGAAUAAUUUGCCUUUUCGUUUAAUGAUUGCUUUUCCUUUGUUGAUAGUAAGCAUACUGACGGGAUUAAAUUUAGUUUUAUUUUGGUCUAUCGUUCUUCAAAACUAUAAUGAAACUUUUGAAGCUAGAAAAAUAAAUCGAUUAAGUGGCAAAAAUGGACGAGAAAUUAAUAUUGCCUAUUGUUCUCAUGAUAAUUUAAUCGAAGGUGCUUCGACAGGGCAAAAGCAAUUAGCGAAUAUUAACAAUACUUUGAAAAAUAAAAAAAAUGCUGCAAUUUUCCUUUUUGAUGAGGCGGAUAAUGCUUUGGAUAGCGAGAAGCAAACGGAACUAGAUUAUACAAAGAAAAUAAAAUUGAAAGUCAAUGAUUUAAAUUUUUCCUAUGGCGAGAGAAUAAUUUUUUGUGAUUUACAACUCCAAGCUUUUUCCGGAGACAAAAUAAUUAUAGUAGGAGAAAAUGUAAAAAGCGAAGGAAAUAUUGGCUAUCUCCCACAAUCAUUUGAAAAUUUUUCCCGAUGUAGUGCUUGGGAAUAUUUAAUCAAUGAAACUGGUGGAUUUAGAUUAAUGAGAAUAAUAUCACAAUUGCAACUUGCUCCAUCCAUUUUAGAGAGAAAAUUUUCCACCCUCAGUGGUGGAGAAAAAACAAAAUUCCAUUUAGCGGCUUUACGCUUUCAAAAUCCAGAUAUUCUUUUGUUGGAUGAACCUACUAAUCACCUGGACGAAAUAGGAUUAAACUGA